UCCGACUCUCUCUCCGGCGGCUUUUCACACUUCAUCAGACCGAAGCAGCUUUCCAUUUUCAGGUGAGAUUUGGGAAGAAAUGUCGAACAUAGACAUAGAAGGGAUAAUGAAGGAUCUACCUAAUGAUGGUAGGACUCCAAAGACCAAGAUUGUUUGCACUUUAGGUCCUGCUUCUCGCUCUGUUCCUAUGAUUGAGAAGCUUCUUAGAGCUGGCAUGAAUGUUGCUCGUUUCAACUUCUCUCAUGGUAGUCAUGAGUACCAUCAGGAGACUCUUGACAAUCUCCGUGCUGCUAUGCAGAAUACAGGCAUGCUAGCUGCUGUUAUGCUUGAUACAAAGGGACCUGAGAUUCGUACCGGUUUCUUGAAAGAUGGGAACCCAAUACAGCUCAAGGAAGGUCAGGAGAUCACUAUCAGCACUGAUUAUGACAUCAAGGGUGAUGAGAAAACGAUUUCAAUGAGCUACAAGAAGCUGCCUGUGGAUGUUCAGCCAGGACAUACCAUACUAUGUGCAGAUGGAAGCAUAAGUCUAGCUGUACUGGCAUGUGAUACAAAGGCUGGAACUGUACGAUGUCGAUGUGAAAACACAGCGUUGCUGGGAGAAAGAAAGAAUGUGAAUCUCCCUGGUGUUGUUGUUGAUCUCCCUACAUUGACUGAGAAGGAUGUGGAAGAUAUUCUUAAAUGGGGUGUUCCAAACAAGAUAGAUAUGAUUGCUCUCUCGUUUGUUCGUAAAGGAUCAGAUCUUGUUAAUGUCAGGAAGGUGCUGGGAUCACAUUCCAAGAGUAUAAUGUUGAUGUCUAAGGUUGAGAACCAGGAAGGAGUGCUGAACUUCGAUGACAUCUUGCGUGAAACGGAUGCAUUCAUGGUUGCUCGUGGUGAUCUCGGUAUGGAGAUUCCAAUAGAGAAGAUCUUCUUAGCUCAGAAGAUGAUGAUCUACAAGUGUAACCUUGCUGGUAAACCAGUGGUUACAGCCACUCAAAUGCUAGAGUCUAUGAUCAAAUCUCCAAGGCCAACACGAGCUGAAGCCACUGAUGUAGCAAACGCGGUUCUAGAUGGCACGGACUGUGUCAUGCUCAGCGGUGAAAGCGCUGCAGGAGCUUACCCUGAGAUAGCAGUGAAAACAAUGGCUAAAAUCUGCAUAGAAGCUGAGUCAUCACUUGACUACAACACAAUCUUCAAGGAGAUGAUUAGAGCAACUCCACUUCCAAUGAGCACACUUGAGAGUCUUGCAUCAUCCGCUGUUAGAACAGCAAACAAAGCCAGGGCCAAACUCAUCAUCGUAUUGACCAGAGGAGGCACAACUGCUAAACUCGUGGCUAAGUAUAGACCAGCUGUUCCAAUUCUCUCGGUGGUUGUUCCGGUUUUCACCAGUGAUACGUUUAACUGGAGCUGCAGCGAUGAGUCACCUGCGAGGCAUAGUUUGAUAUAUAGAGGUUUGAUUCCGAUGUUGGCUGAAGGAUCUGCAAAAGCUACUGAUAGUGAAUCUACAGAGGAGAUUAUUGAGUCUGCUUUGAAGUCUGCUACUGAGAAAGGACUCUGUAACCAUGGUGAUGCUGUGGUGGCUCUCCACCGUAUUGGAGCUGCUUCUGUUAUCAAGAUCUGUGUGGUCAAGUAAUCUUUUCGCCCAAAUCAUCAUCAUCUUCUCAAGGUUUAAUGUUUUCAUGAUCAAAUAAAGAACAGGAAACAGCUUCCUGAAUCCUGACAGUGUUUUUGAGUUUCUGUUGGUGUUGUUUUGCUAUUUUCUAGUUUCUCUUUGAGUUCAUGCACUUAUUGUUACUCAGUGGAACACCUAAUCUACACUAUGAAGCUUUGAUUCCAGGAUGUCACUAGCAUACAUGAAUAUGAAACUUAAGACCAUAGCAUAUUACAUACAUGAGACCUUCAUUACAAAAACAUAAGCAGCUCAGUAAGUUAUAAGCUUCUUGUUUCGGCAGAAGCUAAUCAAUACCAAAAGAAGAGCCAUUAGGAAUUAGCCGAUAUUAAGUUCUAAUGGAAGAGAAGACAGAUGUACAAGAAAAAAUGUCUUCUUCCUCUUGAGAAUGCUUGCAGAAUCUUUGGUUUCUCAGUCAAUAUCUAUCAUGACCACUUCCUGAGACAAACCACAAAUGUUCCCUUUGCUGUUAUCUGAGGAUGCAGCUGGUGGUUCUUGUUCAAUCUCGAUGAGGUCUUCAAUGAUCUUUGGCCUUUGUCUUAACAAUCUCUCUUGCUCUGAAGGCUUUUGGAGAAGCUCUCUCUCUUCUAAGUACUCCUCUAAUGUAAGAAUAGUCCCACAAAAGGAAAGAGUUAAGGUGUUCAAGUUU